ACUCAUGACCAUUCUGGCUUCCGCAUGAAACAUUGACACCGCAAACUUGAGAAAGAUCCUAAGUCGCAGGCCUCAGGAUGUUGUUGCCUUUGUUCAACCAUCACUGGGCUUGAAAGUAUGACAACGACUGCAGCUGUGUUCCUUCGUACUCUGUAUCAAGCCGGCAUCACACAUGCCUUCGUCAAUUGGGGUAACGAUCAUCCAGCUCUUCUUGAAGAACUCGAGAGACAACGAGUAGGGAAUGAUGGUAAUAGCGAUAUUCGUAUCGUAACAUGUCCAAAUGAGAUGGUCGCUCUCAGCGCUGCUCAAGGGUAUGCUCAAGUGGCAGGCAAGCCCGCCGCUGUAAUUGUGCAUGUUGACGUCGGAACGCAGGUGAGAACAUAUGGCACUCGCUGGCGCGGUUCAUAACGUUGACAAAGGACGAACACCAGUUUUAAUCUUUGCUGGUGGCGCUCCGUUCUCCGGCCAAGGGGAACUAAAAGGUUCCAAGAAUGAAUGGCCCAUGUGGCCUCAAGACGUGCCAGAUCAAGCUGCCAUCGUUCGCCAGUACAUGCGAUAUACCGCUCAAGUCCUCAGCGGUCGGAUUGUUGGAAAAUUAGUGAUGCGAGCACUUCAGUUUGCAUCGAGUGAUCCUCAGGGUCCUACUUAUCUGUGGGCUCGUCGAGAGGUUAUGGAAGAGGAUCUGGGACCUUCAGCUUCAUCUCUAACCCUAGACGUUACCAAAUGGCCUCUCGUGCAACCCGGAGCUCUGGAUCCCAUAGCGGUGCAAUCCAUUAGCGUAGCUCUGGUCAAAGCCAAUUUCCCACUGAUCAUUACUGCUCACGCGGGUCGUAACCCACUCACGAUUCCUCUUUUAUCCGCCUUAUCCCAUACCCUUGGAAUAGCAGUAACUACAUCUUGUCCUUCAGCCGUCUGUCUCCCAUACUCGCACCCACAUUUCCUCGGGACUUCGUUUGCAGGGAAGAAUUAUCUACUCGAAAAGGCAGACGUAAUUCUGAUUCUAGACACCGACGUCCCAUGGAUCGAUACGAACGACAACGCACCUAAGCAAGGGGCAAGAGUGUUUGUUGUCGAUCCUGAUCCCUUGAAGCAAGGAAUGGGUUGGUCCCACGUCGACGCAGAGUUGAUUUGCCGAGCUGAUGCAGAAGUUGCUCUGAACCAGCUAUAUGAGGCGGUCCAAGCACCAAGUAUGGAGGAUACACGCGAUUUCUCGGCUAUUGCUGAGCGUGCGGUGCAACUGAAGGGAAUGCAUGACGAGUAUAUCAGUCGAUUAGAAACGCUGGAGACGUCUCUCGCAGCUGGACCAAUUUCAAGUGUCGCAAACAUACUCGCAACCCUACGCCAGGCUACUAUCGACUUAACCCCUAGCCAAGGCCAAAAGACGCUCUGGAUUAACGAAGCGAUCAGCAACUAUCCUGCCGUCUUCGAUCAUGUAAGGCCGGAUGUGCCUGGUAGCAUGAUUUGUUCAGGUGGAACCAGCUUGGGGUAUGCAUUAGGUGCGGCGAUCGGUGCGCAGUUAGGAGCAGAGGUAGCGGAGAACGUGCCGGAAUUGACGGUCGCCGUUGUUGGAGACGGAACGUUUAUGUUUUGUGUUCCUAGUUCGGCGUAUUGGAUCGCCAGGCGGUAUGAAACGCCAUUCUUGACAAUUGUUCUGAACAACGGUGGAUGGGCUUCACCGAAGAAUUCGAUGACAGGCCUUCAUCCAUCUGGGCACGGAAGCAAGGCAUCUGGAGCCAGGCUCUCUGUCGGCUUUGGACCAGAUAUGCCGGAUUAUGGCCAAAUAGCUGUUGCCGCAGGUCGCGCUUGGGCUCGUAAGAUCGAAGAGCGCGAGUCUAUGAAAAGCAUCAUUGAAGAGGCGAUAAAGAUUGUGUUGGAAGAGAAGAGAUGCGCCGUCCUUGACUGUAUCGUGGAGUCGAUAUGACAACUCCAAGAUCCCCAGGCCUGUUUCGGGUGCCAGCAGAAGAAAUCACGCUAUGUACAGAAAUAAAGACAGUUAUAAGGUUUGGUUGUCAUCGUUAGUCAUUAUAAAUGCAGUCAUAUGCAUCGCUGAACUAUAUUGUUCUUGAUCGCUGUUUGGACAAAGAUCCAUCGGGAACUGCACCCGACGAUCGAGCCAGUGAACUGGCCAAGAGCUUUGAUUGAAAACAUAAAUGAAAACGGAGAGAGGUUGACUAUGGCUACAGAUGAAUAUCAGGGAAUGCAUACAGUA